GAAUCGUCUCUUUUAUUUGGUUGAAUUCUAAAAUGCAAAAUUAAUUUCGAUCUGAAAUAUAGAUCUUGAUGAACCCAAGCAAUAUUGAAGAUCCUGAUCGGUGCUCACCCACUCGCACAAUCAUCUCAUGCAUCGUAAUGCUCAUAAAUCUUCAGUGUAUGAAUCGGAGCUAGCACCUGAGGCAUACAAAGAGCAUGCCAGACAGAAUCCGAGGGCGGUUCCAGUAAUCUCAGAGAAACAUGUUUUGACAAGCAGUGUGAAAGCUGUUUCUGAAGCCGAUCAUGUAACAGAGAAACAUGCAUCGAGAAGUGAUGAUGGGGCAUUAAAUCCCGGAGAGAACAAAUGGGAUAAAGGGGUGUCAGUGAAAGAGUAUAUAAUGCACAAAUUAGAGCCAGGGGGAGAUGAGAAGGCACUUUCUCAGGUAAUAUCUGAUGCAAUGCACCCUGCUGCUGAUGCUGGUGUAAUGGGCAAAAUGAAAGUGGCUGUUAACUCUUUGUUGGGAAGAGAAGACCACCCACCCCAAUCUACAACCAUUUCUCAAACUGUUAUGGAGGAAGAGAAGAAAGGAAGAAUACUCCAAACCAAUUGAAUAUGAAGCAUCAACAUGUAAUCCAACCAGUUCAAAGCUUGUAUGUAAGAGUCUUCACCUGUAGC